UUGAUCAAGUGUACCAAGAAGAACCCCUUUUGACCUGGCACCGAGAACGUCAGUGGAUGUUAAAUGAAGCACGAUCUCCAACCUUCGUGUCAGACAGCAGUCGAAUUGAGUUGUUGAAACGUUUUGGUGGGACGUUUCUGGACCUGGAUAUGAUCACUCUUCGCUCCUUGCCCAGCUUCAGUAAUUGGGUUGGAUGGCAUGCUUUAGUGCAGAUAAAUAAUGCUGCCAUGAACUUUGUUAAAGGCCAUCCAUCAUUGCAAAUGGUAGCUUCAUCUAUACCAAAAGUAUUUGAUCCCAAAAGCUGUUGUAGAAUUGGACCAUAUCUCCUGUAUGAUGUUAUGCACGAAUUGUGUCCAGAUGUCACCAAUAGGCCCAACAUUACGGAAACGGAUGCGAAAUGUGGUAACGUGACUAUUUUUGCACGAAUUCGCCUCUAUCCCUUCUCGCCUUACACCGAGUUGGACUACAUCUUCCAAAAGAAGAAGGGAAAGGCACUGAACUUCUUCACGAGCCAGAAUGAUCCUUAUUUCCUGCAUUUAUACAGCUCCCAUACCACGAAGAUUAGAGUCCCUCUGGGGAAUCUAACCCUACUGGGAGAGGCUGCCAUGAGGAACUGCCCAAAAGUGUAUAAUGCCAUUGUAAAGCAUGGGUUGGAGCUGUGACUCUAUUAUGUAUAGAAGUCUUAACCCUAGUCUUUCUUGCUCUCUUUAAUACACACAUAUACAUACACUUAUGCAUAAACACACGCAAGCAUAUUCUCACAUACAACUGAAAAUGAAAAUAGAAAAAUCAUCUGCAUGGGGUAGACGGAGUAAAAUAGGAAGUACAAAGAAUAUAUA